AUGCUGAAAGGUGUUCGUUUGGUUUCCUUGGAUGUGACCAACACUCUAAUUGGGCUUCGGGAAUCCCCUGGCCAAACAUAUCAGCGGAUUGGUGCCAAACAUGAAUUAAAAUUAGACGCCGACUUGAUUCAAGAACGAUUUCCAGCUGCUUUCAAACGUUUAGAACUCCAAAAGCCGGCGUUUGAUUAUGCGGGAAGUGGUAGUGUUCGUUGGUGGCGAGAUUUAUUGGAUGAAGUUUGUGUGGAAGACAAGGACAAUGUGAAUUUUGGGCGGUUUUACGUGGAUUUGUACAGACAUUAUUACAUAGAUGCCGCAGCAUGGAGAAUUCUCGAUGAAAAGGUUGGUUGUUACGCAUUUUCUUUGAUUUUUAGGUUUAACACUCGUCCCACCUUACACUAGGUCUUUUCCAGAUCUUCAGUUAUUUUGAUCGCUUCCAUUCCCUCGGCCUCAAGGUUGGAGUAAUUUCGAAUUUCGAUAUGAGGCUUCGAACUAUUCUUAGACACCUCAAGCUGCUUGAUCGAGUCGAUUAUCUCGUUUUGAGUGGAGAAGUUGGAGUUCAGAAGCCGGAUGGGAAGAUAUUGGAGAUUCUACAGGAGAAAUCUGGGAUCCAAAGGAAGGACGAGAUAGUUCACAUCGGAGACAAUGUUGAAAAGGAUUACAAAGCUGCUUUGGAUUAUGGAAUAAGGGCGAUUUUAUAUGAUCCAAAGAAGAAAUUUGAGGAUUGGAAGGAAAUUCAGAGAAUUUCAAGCUUCGAGGAGAUGUUUUGA